GUGUGUGAGACAGAGAGCGAGUCAGAGAGUGUGACUCAACUUCCCUCUGUUUAAUCAUUAACUGGAGAUUUUGCAGAACUUUAACAUUCAUUUUGAAAAGGUUUGGUCUCAGGUUUUCAGGGUCUGUUGAGAGCUGAGUGGCGGAGUUUAGCUCGGGCUCCUUAGCAGUGAUGUGGAAGUCGGUGGUGGGACACGAUGUCAAGGUGGUGGUGGAGAAGGACGGAGACGACUGGGAGACGGACCCCGACUUUGAGAAUGACAUCUCGGAGCAGGAGCAGCGAUGGGGAGCGAAGACUGUGGAGGGCUCCGGCCGUCCCCAGCACAUCAAUGUACAUGAGCUGAGGCAGAACGUGGCUCAGGAUCACCAGAGUAUCAGACAAAGAGAGGACGCGGUCGGAGCCAAAGCCUCGUAUGGUUACGGCGGCCGCUUCGGGGUGGAGCAGGAUCGUAUGGACAAGUCUGCCUUAGGCAAUGAGUAUGUGGCAAAUGUGGCGAAGCAUUCCUCCCAGACAGACGCUGCCAAGGGAUUCGGGGGCAAAUAUGGAGUUCAAAAAGAUCGGACUGACAAG